AUGACGAGCCCAAACAAUGAUUCAGACCUCCUUAACCAUAUCAACUCCGAGUUAAAAUCAGCAUACCUGGAAGAGGAGGCUUUCUGGAAGCAGAAGAGCAGGAACUUAUGGCUUAGCCUUGGUGACCGAAAUUCUGGCUACUUCCAUGCUGUUACCAAAGGCAGAAACGCAGUUAACAACUUCUCAGUAAUUGAAAAUGCGGAUGGGGAACCGGUAUUCACUGAGAAGGAGAUUACAGGAAAACUUGUUGACUACUUCAAAGGCCUAUUCACAACUGUCCCUGGUGAGAGAAAACAAAUUGUCGCCCAAGCAAUAUCACCGAAAAUAUCCACUUUGGAGAAUGAAGCUCUUCUGCAAACCCCAUCAGCAGCAGAAGUGUACUCGGCGUUACUUGCAAUUCAUCCGGACAAAGCACCAGGUCCGGAUUGGUUUUCUGCAAGUUUCUUCCAAGCUAACUGGCCAACUAUCAGAGCAGAUAUCGUAUCUGAGAUCCAGGGACUAGUCAAACCGCAAAGAGGCAUUAGACAGGGAGAUCCCCUCUCACCUUACAUCUUCAUCAUGUGCAGUGAAGUUUUGUCAGGACUCUGUCGAAAGGCACAAGAAGAGAAACGUCUGCAAGGCAUUCGGGUAGCUACACACUGCCCCAGCAUAAAUCAUCUUUUAUUCGCAGACGAUACUCUAUUCUUCUGUAGAACCAACCCAAAAAACGUCUCAGCCCUCCUAAAGAUCCUCUCACUAUAUGAGACAGCCUCAGGACAACGAAUCAAUCCACAAAAGUCAGGUAUAACCUUCUCUCACCAAGCUCCCCUAAUGCUCAAAGAAAAGAUUAAAACAGAGCUGGGAAUUGAGAAAGAGGGAGGGGCAGGGAAGUAUCUUGGUGUGCCUGAACAUUUUGGCCAGAAAAAACGAGACCUGUUUACUUCCAUUGUGGACAGAAUCCGACAAAGGGCAGUUAGAUACGCUACAAGAUAUUUAUCUCCUGCGGGCAAGAUGACUCUCCUAAAGUCUGUACUAGAAGCUAUACCAAACCAUACUAUGCAAUGCUUCAAACUGCCACAAUCCCUUUGUAAAAGGAUCCAAUCUGCUCUGACACGUUUCUGGUGGGAUCCAAAGGCAGGAGAUCGCGGUAUGGCUCUAGUAGCAUGGAACACAAUGGUGAAAUCUAAAAGCGAUGGAGGCUUGGAAUUUCGUGACAUACAAAGCUUCAAUGAUGCCCUCCUGGCCAAAGUUAGCUGGCGCAUUCUGACCUCGCCCUCAUGUCUUCUAGCUCGGGUACUUGCUGGGAAAUACUUUCAUGACCAAGACAUCCUCACCGUACAACCCCCAGCAGCAUGUUCCCAUGGCUGGAGGGGGAUAUUAAUAGGACGAGAUAUGCUUAAAGAACAUCUGGGUUGGGCCAUUGGUGAUGGCCAGAGUGCACUAGCGUGGCAAGACUCCUGGUCUAUCAAACCGAGCAAAUGGGGAGGUGCUGAUAAACGAAUCUUGUGCAAGCAAGCUUCAGGAAUCUACACUGCUAAAACUGGAUACUAUGCUGCGCUAGAGAAAAACAAACCAGACAUCCCAGUAGCGCAAGAGUACUCUCAUGAUUGGAUUAAAGAUUUGUGGAGCGUUAAGAUGGCACCUAAACUGAAGCUACUCUUAUGGAAAAUCCUACAUGAAGCCCUCCCUGUUGUAGAACUCCUGGUAUGGAAAUUGGCACCUUAUGCAGGAGACCUCGAUGCUUUACAAGUACCCUCCUUUGAGAUGGGUUGGAGAAGGGCUUUGAAUGCUGAUGUCCUCCCUCCUAUUGGCCUUAGUGAUUGCCAUCUUGCUCCUUAA